UUUUUUUUUUUUUCAUCUUGUUUUAAUUAAACACUAAUAAUGAGUGAAAUCGACAAUACAGUUGACCAACGCGUUUCAGAUGAAAGAGGCCGUCGCUCUCGUAGCCGUUCCAGAUCUCGCUCUCCAGGACGUGACCAUAGUGACCACAGAUAUAGAAGUCGUUCUCGUUCACCCAGAGACCAAAUGCGAGGUGGAGGUGGCAACGGAGGAGACCAAGGUCAAGAGGAAGAUGCGAACCCAGGAGAUAACUUAUUUAUCACUGGUCUCUCUAUCCGUACCUCUGGUGCUGACUUAGAAGCUCUUUUUGCAAAAUACGGCAAGGUCAAUAAGGCAGAGAUUAUGUUUGAUCCUCAUACCCGUGAAAGCCGUGGUUUUGGAUUCAUUCGUAUGGCUGACCCUGAAGAAGCUGAAAGAGCCAUCACCGGUAUCAGUGGUUCUGAGGUAGAUGGUCGCGUUGUCACAGUUGAAAAGGCAAAGAGAUCUCGACCCAGAACACCCACUCCUGGCCGUUACUAUGGCCCACCUAAGCGUGGAGGACCUGGUGGAUCCAGAGGAGAUAGAAGAGAUGGUGGUAGCAGUAGACCUCCUAGAGGCGGAGACCCAAGAUAUGAUCGCUAUUAUGAAAGAUCAUAUAUGGAUCGUUACGAUCCCCCUAGAGGAUAUGAACGUUAUGAAAGGGACCGUUAUGAUCGCUAUGAUCGCUAUGACCGUUACGACCGUUACGACCGCUAUGAUCGUUAUGACCGCCGCCCCCCACCACCAAGAUAUGACCCUUACCCCCCACGUACAAGAUCACCUUAUUAAGAGUAAUCAACUACACCUCUUUUUUUUUUUUUUUUUUUUUUU